AUGGAUGAAGGAGCUCAUGAAAAGUUGCUGCAUCUAACUUUUGAAGAAGCAGAGAGAACAGAGUCGUCUGAAAAUGCGAAAAACAGCAGCUUUGAAUCAAGUAAAUUCAUACUAUGGCUUCAAAUAUUUAUCUUCACAUUUUUUACUGUUGGUGGUCAAGCAGCUGGCACUCUGUUGGGUAGAGUAUACUAUGAACAAGGUGGCAAAAGCAGAUGGAUUGCUACAUUAGCACAAACUGCUGGAUUCCCAAUUCUUCUGCCUUUUAUUUUCUAUUCUUCAGCCAAAAAUCACAGUGAACAACCUGUUAAUAGCGCUAGUAUAUUUGUUCGCGCUUCAGUUUACAUCUUCCUCGGUAUAUUUCAAGUAGCAAACUCUAUGUUGUUUACAAUUGGAGUACAGUACCUUCCCGUCUCUACCUACUCCCUCAUUUCCGGUUCUCAAUUGGCGUUCACCGCGCUCACUUCCUUCCUCCUCAACAGACAAAAAAUCACUGCAAUUAUACUCAACUCCAUCGUGCUUCUCUCCUUUUCAUCCUCUGCUGUUAUUUUCCAGAAUGAGACGGGUGAUAGCGGAGAAAUAUCUCUGCUAAUCGGAUUUACAGCUACUACAUUCGGGUCUCUAGGAUACGCUUUACAGUUCUCAUUAACAGAACUAGCAUUCCAAAAGGUAUUCAAAAGUGGCACGUUAAAAGAAGUCAUGAAAAUGUCAUUUUUCAUCUGUCUUUUCGUGACACUUACUUCGUUAACAGGGCUUUUUGCGAGCGGUAAUUGGAAUGAUUUGGAGAAGGAAAUAGGAGAAUACAGAACGGGGAAAUUGUCAUAUGUUAUAAACUUGGUUUGUACUGCGAUUUCAUGGCAGCUGUACGCCAUUGGAUCAGUUGGAUUGGUUUACAAGGCUUCGGCUUUAUUCUCAAUUUGGGAUCUUCAGUUGUGCCAAUUUUUGCGAUGUUGUUCUUGA